AUGGCACCAGCUGUGGCCUGGCUCCUGUUCCUCCAGCUUGUUCUAGGACCAACUCUGGUCAUGGACAUCAGUAUAGAGGUUGCCAUCAAGAACUUCCAAAGCAUGCACAUCGACUAUCCCAAGGUUAACUACCCAGAGGGUUUCCAGGGAUACUGUAAUGGUCUGAUGGCCUAUGUGAGGGGCAGACAACAAAGCUGGUUUUGCCCAAAGAGGCAUUAUGUGAUACAUGCUCCCUGGACAGACAUUCAGAAGUCCUGCAAGUACUGUGAGAGCUUCUGUGAGAAUUACAAUGAAUACUGUACACUCUCCGAGGACUCCUUGCCCCUUACAAUCUGCUCUCUGGAGACCAAACAGCCACCCACCAGCUGCCGCUACAAUAGCACCCUAACCAACCAAAGGCUCUACCUGCUCUGUUCCCAAAAGUAUGAUGCUAAACCAAUAGGUAUCAUUGGCCUUUACUAGGGAAGGGCGGCUUUCACUGCGAACCACCCCCUACUGCCACCACGACCAGCAUGACCCCCUUUCCAAAACUCUGAAUCCCUUCCCCCCUGACUUUGAAGGUAGGCAGGGUUCCCUCCAAAAGGACCAGGGAGGUAGGAAAACUGUUCAGAGCUUUAGUCACCAUGCAAAAUCAUACUGUCUUUUAGGCUCUUUCCAACUUGUUUACUUCCCCUCUCCCCAUCAUCCGCCCUCUCCCACAGACAGUUUUACCCAAGAAGCCAAGUGUGUCCAGUUGGCAGUGCCUGUCCAUCCACUGGGCCAGAUACUGAAUCCUGGAUGGAGGCCCAGAGCUUCAGCUCGCACCAUGGCAACAGGCACCAGCUCAAUGUUUCGACUCCCUAUCCCCACCACCCUUCCCUUUUCAGUCUUCCCCAUUUCCCUAUGACUCUCUCCGCUCACCCACAUGAUGGCUAUCUCUAGCUUUAGGGACCUCCCUGAGACCUUUAGGUUCAUUUUAGCCUCAUAUCCCCAGAACCCCCUUGCAGUUUCCUGUCUGCUCCUUUCCAUGAAAUCAUUUUCUUCACGUAACCUGUUCUUUCCUCUGUCCUUCUACCAUGGAGCCCAGUGUCUCUCCCCUACACUCUCAGCCUCCUUUAGUCACCCUGUCUUCUCCAACUUCUUUUCCACAAUUCUCACCUUGGCUCACUGAAAUUUAAAGUUAUUUUCUCUGGCCCAUCCCCCCACCCCGGCCCCCCGCCCCAAGAUACUUGCAUCCGGUUCCCAAAGCUCCUUUUGAUGUUCUCUAGACUCUAGGAUCUGCUGCUGACAAAAUAGGUGAGGUGAGCCUAGAUGUAGUCACAGAAGGUUUCAAAACUACAUCUGAGUUGUGUAAGCUAGAACCAUUGGAUGAAACUGGGUAAAGGGUACAUGGGACCUCUCUGUACUAUUUUUGCAUCU